GGACCGUGGGGAAAAUGAACCGCGGCAGCAGCAGCACCACCAUCAUCGCUGCUGCUGCUAGCUUUGUUGUGAGAAAAGCCGCGAACUUGUUUACGGUGCUGUCGGUGUCUCUCGGCGGAUUUUUCGUCUUCAAACUUCUCCCGUGUGCAGAAUGAAAGUUACAUGUAACGACCCGGUUGCCUAAGAGAAAUAAAGAUGGCUUGUUCGGCGGACGGUUGUAACAACAGACCGUUAAAGGGCUCCGGGCUGCAGUUUUUCCGAUUUCCUAUGACUGAUGAAGAGAGGCUGAAGAAAUGGUGGGCCAACACGAAGAAAGAAAACUGGCAUCCGACGAACACGUCGCGUCUGUGCAAUGUGCACUUCGAGGAAGAUCAGUUCUGUGUAGACGAGAGGGGUAAGAGGAGGCUGAAGCUCAAUGCUGUGCCGACCAUUUUUGACCCUUCACCGGUUAUUGUGAGAAAGCCGAGAGGUCCCAGGGGCUCACGGUUCAAGUUGGAGAUGGAGGGACAGUCCAUGGAAGGGUUGGAGCUCGGAGCCCCGCUGGAAGUGGAUAUUGGAGAGCGUCUCCGCCGAACUUCUCUGAGACGUGCACGGGAGGAGUACUUUAUUCCUAUUGCUGCUGAAAAAGAAACCGUGGUCUCAUUUCCUAUUACUGAAUCCGAGAUCGAGGAUACUGCGGUGAAACCCGAGGAGGCCUUGGAGUUAAGUGAAGAAAACUUGGACAAAAGUUUAGAGGAAAGUCGUGCAGAACCCGACGUCAUCGAGGACGCAAAUAUGGACAAGACGUCCGAAUCCACAGAGAAUAACGUGGAGCAGGUCGAGGAGUCUGUGGCCUGUAAUCUGAGGUUUUCUACGGCGGAAGACCUCGACGAGAUGAUGGACAUCGGCACGGUGGAUCAGGUGGAACAGGAAGCUCUGAUGAAAGAAGACGAACAGAACAGUGUGAAGGACGCGGAGAGCAGCCGCUCACCUGCCGUGUCACAUACAGCCACGGUAACAGAGGACAGUAACUCCUUUGAAGAGGACGCCGAUGACGUCAAACCCACUGUACUACCACCGCCUGACUCCAUGCCGUCCAACUCGUGCGAGUCGUCUGAAGCUGCGACCAGCACAGAAAGGGACAGCUCGUCUCCAGCCACCAUAGUCAACGGGCUGAAAGUAGUGAAGCUGUCUGUGCAGAGCUCAGAAAAAGAAAGCCAAGUAGCCAAGUCUCCUUCUCCACCUCUGGUCAAGGUGAAGGAUGAGCCUGAAGACGACGAGUACGAACUAGCCCAAAUAUCCUCAACGUCUACAGCGAGCGUGAAAGAUGAGCCCAACACCGCAAAGGAGGAUUUGAGAAUCGGCUCGGUCUACUCCGUGACGCCGUCUGCAGAAACGCGCGCGCUGCCCAUCGUCAACCCCUCAGCUCUGCACAUGUCCUGUUCCAACUGCAAGAAGAGCCUGACGAAGGGACAGACGGCUUUCCAAAGGAAAGGCUCUCCAGCACUCUUCUGCUCCACCGAGUGCCUCACCACGUCUCUCCCUUCAGUCAGAGGAGUCGCUAAGAUCUGCCACAACUGCCAAAAGUUGAUAUUACGGCCUCAGGACGUCAUUCUGGCUCCAGAUGUUAAAGGACUCAUGAAGGAGUUCUGCAGCCAGAACUGCCUGACGUCCUUCAACUACAAGAAAAACGCCACCAGCUACAUGAAAGCUGCUGCCGCCGCCGCCGCUGCCAAGAAAUUACCGCCAAUAGCAGCACAUUCAGUCUGCAGCAUGUGCACCAGACACUGCAUUAGCAAACACGAGGUGAUCCUGAGUGGCGCCGUCCACAAGAUGUGCAGCGACGCCUGCUUUAACCGUUUCCGUACGGUGAACAACCUCUCCAUGGCCGGCUGUGCGAACUGCGGCUCGUACUGCCACAGCAAGCCGCUCAUGCUCAAGUUGGAAGGCAGCAACAAAACUCUGUGCAAAGUAGACUGUCUGGCCAAGUACAAAGAGAAAACGAGGACAACCCAGCCUUGUACGAUGUGCCGCACGACUCGGUCGAUAUCGGACAUGAUCGACAACAAAAACAGCGACGACUCGGUGAACCUCUUCUGUAGCAGCAGUUGUGUGAUGGCGUUCAAGGUGCAGACUGUCAGUGCGUCAGGCGCUCGGUUGAGUUGUGAUAACUGUGGGAAAAACACGGUACCGUCCUACCACCUGGCUAUGUCCGAUACCUCCAUCAGGAACUUCUGUACUCUACCGUGUGUCAUGAACUUUCAGGAGAAGUUCAAGACCCAGAAACAGUUGAAUGUUUUUACCAAGUUACCCAUCGGAUCCACCCAACACCCGACUAUCACCGCUAUCCAACCACAGCGAGACGCCCCCAAAGGACCGCAUUCACUGAGCUGUGCCCAGUGCUUCCGCAACAUAAAUUUUAAACCUGAACUCGUCCAGAUCAAGGACAAGAUGGUUUUCCUGUGUAGCGCGGAGUGUUCACAUGAGUUCAAGAAAGCCCACUAUGUGGCGAGCCUGUGCGAAUACUGUAAGAUCGAAAAGAUCACCAGAGAGGCCAAGAGAAUCGACAACAAGAACUGCUACUUCUGCAGCGAUGGCUGUAAGCUUCUUUUUAGACAUGACCUGACUAAAAGCUGGGGCAAACACUGCCACUCCUGCGUCUACUGCCACUCUGUGUCCAAGAAGCUGGUGACGGCACAGUAUGGAGGCUUAACUGAGGACUUCUGCUCUGAGGAGUGCAGGUCCAAAUACACCAUGCUCUUCUGCCACGUUGCAAAGUGCGAUACCUGUGGUCGCAAAGGGAAACUGAAGCAGAGUCUCGCCAUGCUGGGUGAAGUCAAACAUUUCUGCGACCUGUCCUGUCUUCUACAGUUCUGCUGUGAGAAAGUCACCACGCAGGGCGACGUCUUCAAAGGUACGGGGGAGGCCACACCUAUUAUCGCCAAUGUCAUGUCACUUGCAGGCCCUCCAGCAGGGAAAUCCACUGCUUCUGACAAAACUCCACAGCAAAGCACAGUCUUUCAAUCAAAGAACUCUGGACAUAUCAGUAUUCAGACAGAUGCAGUGAAAGCUCAUCUUCCUCCUCCUGGUCCAAAACUCCUCAAGAACAAGGCGCUGCUCUGUAAACCGCUGGUGCAGAAUAAAGGAGUCUCUUGUAAAACACAGACAGCUGAUGUGGAAGCACAGACGGAUGACAUCUUCCCUAAAAUCAUGGUUGUACCUGUCCCAGUGCCGGUGUACGUUCCUGUACCCAUGAACAUGUACAGCCAGUGUACUCCCAAACCCAUGGGCGUGCCAUUACCACUGCCUGUACCAAUGUUCCUUCCCGUGGCGAUGGACAGCGCAGAACGCAUUGUGGAAACCAUCCAGGAGAUCAAGGAAAAGAUCCCGUCUGAUCCCUUCGAGGCAGAGCUCAUCCUCAUGGCAGAGAUGAUUGCAGAGCAAGAUAAAAAUGACAAAGACGACAGACCGAAGGAGAAAGUGGCGAGACAAGAAGCAUCUGCUCCAGACGACCAUGCCAGUAACUACAGCGACGACUUGGACACAGACGACUUGGCAAGUUUCCUCAACAACUGGGAGGACGCCUCCUCCGACGCAGGCCUCAGGUCUCCCAGUCGACCGUACUCCAACGAGAAGCUCAACCCAAUUCUUGACAUUCCCGUGGGCAUGUCCAGUGUGCCUUACUCUGAGCCACCGCCUCCAGCACCCACUCCUCCACCUCCAGCACCUCCACCACCACCACCUCCUCCUGCACCUCAGAUACCACCUCCCAUGGACAUUGAAGCUGACUUCACUGUUGGAACACUGGAGAGGAUGGCCCGCCUGAGAGAACAGAUCCAGCGAUCUCCGAGCCCUCCGCCUGCACCUUCCCGACGACGACAAGCUCCCAGGAAAGCCAGAGAAAAGAAGGGUCGCAAGACACAGCGGGCGUCUAAAGCAGCUGAAGCGACGCCUCAACGAGGCUCUUCCAACAAGGCCAUGGCUGCAGACGCCCCAAGACUAAAGAGUCAAUAUGGAGUUGACGCCUGGAAGCGAUGGAUCCAGUGGAGGCAAACUCAACCCAACCUGGAGAAGCCACGCUUCAGUUCACGUCCCAUGGAGUUGAAGGAGGAUGUUCUUCGGUGCACCACUGCUGAGCUGAGUUAUGGACUCUGUUGCUUCAUCAAUGAAGUGAAGCGACCCAGUGGGGAGCCAUACUCCCCUGACAGCCUGUUCUACCUCUGCCUCGGCAUUCAACAGUACCUGUUUGAGAACGGUCGUGUGGAGAACAUAUUCAUGGAUCGGUUCUACAACAAGUUCUCCACUGAAUUCACUAAUAUGCUGAGAAGUUUCAAACCUUCAAUCACAACAAGUGGUUAUAUCCAUUCCCGCGUGGAGGAGGAGUUUCUAUGGGACUGUAAACAGUUGGGUGCGUACUCCCCCAUCGUCCUCCUCAACACUCUGCUCUUCUUCUGCUGCAAAUACUUUGGCUUCACCACGGUGGAGCAGCACCGUCAGCUGUCCUUUGCCCAUGUCAUGCGGUGCACCAAAACCAACCAGGACAACACCAAGACCACCUUCCUGCGCUUUUACCCCCCAUUAUCGAUCAACGAGACAGAGUCAGACGUUCCAGCAAAGCGGCGUAAGGAGGAGGAGAAUAAAGAGGAUAUCCUGGAGAUGAUGGAGAACACAGACAACCCUCUCCGCUGUCCUGUCAGACUCUAUGAGUUUUACCUCUCUAAGUGCUCGGAGUCAGUCAAACAGCGUACCAAUGUGUUCUACCUUCACCCUGAGCGCUGCUGCGUCCCCAACAGCCCGCUGUGGUUCUCCUCCACCCCUCUGGAUGACGACACCAUGGAGGGCAUGCUCAUCCGCAUCCUCACUGUCAGAGAGCUGCAUCUCUACUUAAGAAAAGAGGGAAAGACGGAGCAGCAGAGACCUAAUUUGUCACCAUUUACACCUGAAGAGGAAGAGGAGGAUUCAGACUGAUGAAGAGCAACGAAGAACAAAAGUGACCUUUUCAUUGGUGCAACAGCUUGUGGUGUAAAUGUUUGUAGAAUAACUGAAACAUUCAUUUAAACACAGACAGAACAAAUCUUUCACAUACAUACGGUAACUACAAUGUGCUGAACUGCAAAGAGUCAUACUUUGUAAAUCACAUGUUGAUCAGGAUUUAUAGGAGAUGUUCAAACACACAAGUGUUUGUGUAGGUGGGACUUGGUAACUGAGAUGCAAGACUGUUUACUACUGCUCAGCAGGAAACAUUGCUGUCCUUUUGUGUUUUGUCUGCUGAAUGGUUGCUUCUCAUGGAUAAUGCUACUUUCUUCCUUACACAUGUUACAAUUCCUUAAAUUCCUGUGCACAUUUUGUCCUUUUUUGAACAAGCUACAAUGGAAAAAACAGUUUUGAUAUCUAUUCGCGUCAGCGCGUAAACGUCCACACCAGAAGACAAACUUACAAUGGCUUCCUGUGAUGUAGAUGUAAAUUGCCAACCACCAUGUAGUGUUUGAUUUCUCAGCAAUGCAUCAAUGCCAUGAUUUGGUGUCAGUCUGUCAGCGGAGCAGCUUCUUUCCAGACUCAAUAUUUUUGCAGUUUUUAUACCCUGGGGAUUGUUGGAAAAUCUUGAAAAUGUAGGAAAUACACAUAACAAAAAAUAGUUCCUCGAAUUCAUUUAGUAUGUUAUAUAAUUAUAGCCUAUUAUAUCUAUGACUGAUUUUUUUCCUUUAUAUCUGUGUAGGAUAUAUUGGUAUAAUUGCUGAUCCAGAGGGUUUAUACACUUUGCUAUAAUAAAAUGAAGACCAAUUCAUACAAAAAAUAAAUAAAUUAAUAAAUAAUUCAACACAGA